GCCCCGGCCACAGUCCAGCUCCACCAUGGAGCCGCAUCUCAGCUUCCGUGGGCGGCGGGCCCUGGUGACUGGGGCCGGCAAAGGGAUCGGUCGCGCCGUGGCUGUGGCGCUGAGCAGGGCCGGAGCCCGGGUGACCGCGCUGAGCCGGACGGCGGCGGACCUGGAGAGCCUGACACGGGAGUGCCCGGGCAUCGAGAGCCUGUGCCUGGACCUGGCGGACUGGGAGGCGGUGGAGGCGGCGGUGGGCGCGGCGGGGCCGUUCGAGCUGCUGGUUAACAACGCGGCGGUGGCGGAGCUGCAGCCGUUCCUGGAGGUGACGCGCUCGGCCCUGCAGCGGUCUCUUGAUGUGAAUUUUGGGGCUGUCCUUCACGUUUCCCAGAUAGUUGCUCGGCAGAUGAUUGCACAGGGGGUGCAAGGGGCUAUUGUGAACGUCUCCAGCCAGGCAUCAAAGCGUGCACUGAGGGACCAUGCUGUUUACUGUUCCACAAAAAGUGCUUUGGAUAUGCUGAGCAAAGUAAUGGCAAUGGAACUGGGACCCCACAAGAUUAGGGUGAACACUGUGAACCCCACCGUGGUUAUGACAGACAUGGGAAGAAUUAACUGGAGUGACCCUCAGAAAUCUGCUGCCAUGAUCAAUCGGAUUCCCCUGGGAAAGUUUGCAGAGGUGGAUGAUGUGGUGAACAGCAUUCUCUUCCUGCUGAGUGACAAGAGUGCUAUGACAACUGGCAGCUCACUGAUGAUUGAUGGGGGCUUUCUUGUCUCCUAAGAUGAUACCUGUAUUUCAUACCUGGCCUCAAUUUUCAUAUUAAUACUGCCUAGAUGUAAACUGGAUAGAAAACAAUGAUACAGGCUUCUUGCUGGAGGGGCAGGAGGGCUGAAGACUGUAUUAGAAUUGAGGCAGAAAAUCAAGCUGCAAGGCUGCUAUAUAAUAAAGUUCACAUACACCUUCA